GAGUUGGUUUUGGCAGUGAUAAAAUAAUAAAUAGCCGCGGCCGACGGCAGUACAGAGUGGAAAGGGAGACUAGUUUGCAUUUAGUGUGGAUUUUUGUAAGACAAGAUUGUGUAGCAGUGAGAAGCAGAGUAGCGCAUAUGAAGAAGCAAGCAUCAACCCGUUUCCUGAUGUAUGUUAUGAUCAGUCUUCACAUUUAUCUGAUCAAUGCAGCUGUGUCAUUGUCGGAGUCCAAUGAUUCCACUUCUGUGUGCAAUGGCUCUGUAGAGGACUGCCUCAGCGUUCACCACUUGGACUCACAGCUUCCCACCGUCUCCAGCUCCCACUUCCGCAGAAUUCUUGCUGAAGGCGAUGGCCAGAGGACGGCGGGUACAGCAGAUCCUAAUAAUCCCUUCUACAAGUGUACGCCUGGUGAUAGGUACACAUCAUGUCUGACAGCAGCUGACGGUAUUAGGAUAAAUUGUAAUUACUACAACAAGGGAUGCUAAGGUUGUGAUUGAGUGGGUUAAACUAUGUAUGUUCGAAUGCUUUUCUUUCCUCCCUUCACUGUUGUUGUUUUGCUGGGUCUUAUUGUUUGACCAUAUGUUCUCGUUAUAUAAAACUAGAAUAACUCCAUCUCCUGAACUCAAUAAAUCUCGGGAAGAUAGAGAUUGUGAACAAUUAUAUACGAAAUGCUUAAUUUUCUGCUUUCAA